AUGCUUUCCAUCCUCGAUAACUCGUUGCGUCUGGUCAACUUCUGCUUCCUGGUGAUCGUGCUGGGUCUCGUCGGCUCGCUUAUCGCCACACAGUCGCACGGCAACCCCCGUGUCAACUUCUGUAUCUUCACGGCCGCGUUCGCGCUGGUGUUCGACUCGUUCUACGCGGUGCUGGCCAACCUGUUCUCCGCGUUCGCGUGGCCCAUCCUGCUGGUCACGUGGGACUUCUUGAACUUCGUGUUCACCUUCUCCGCCGCCACCGCCCUCGCCGUCGGCAUCAGAACCCACUCGUGCCACAACCAGAGCUACCUCGACGGCAACAGCAUCACCCAGGGCUCCACCGACCGUUGCCGCAAGUCUCAGGCCGUCGUCGCGUUCCUGUACUUCUCCUUCUUCAUCUUCUUGGCCAAGCUCGUGUUGUCGCUGCUCAACGUGUUCUCGUCCGGCGCCUUCGGCUCCGGCUCCUCGCGCAGGGCUAACGUCGGCGUGCCCACCAUCUCCCAGGUCUGA